CUCUGUGGCGGGUUUCUGAACUGCAAUCAAGGUGCCAUUCAAAACAAAAAUAAAAUUCAGAGAAAAUCAGGAUAAAAGAAUAUUUUUCUGGGAUUUCUUGGGGACAUUCGUGUUAAGGGUGAUAGACAAUAUUUGGAAGAUUUAAAAGAUGCUUCGGAUAGCACUGAAAAGGGUGCCAAUGGCUCCAACAUGCUUCCGGAAUCCUUCGAUUUUAGCCACAAUCCCCACGAGAUUUGUUACUAAUACACCUCGGCGGAGUCAGGGUACUGAGGCACAUAUUAUCGAGGCUACAGAGACUCCAAAAACUAACACAAUUCUAAAGAAAUUGCAGAAGAAACUGGGAUGGUCAGGAGAUUCUCAAAGCAGACUUCGAACUUCCAGCUAUCUUCUUUAUGAAUCUAUCGUUGAUCGAUUGAAUUACAUUGAGUUCUUCAAACGUUUCGACCUGCCAAAUACAUUUAAUUCAUGGUUCCUGGUCACAGAGCUCCAUGUGUGGAUGCUGCUGGUCCGUGCCAUGGCUGAGGGCUCAGAAAAGGGUGAAAAUGGACGGUUCUUGCGGAAUUGCAUUGUAGAGGCCAUGUGGGCCGAUGUCAAUACGAGAGCCAAAAAGCUCGAUCCGCAAAAUCCUUCAGGAGCAAGGAAGCACAUUGAGGUCCUGUCGCAGCAGUUUCAGGCUGCUCUAAUCAACUACGAUGAGGGCUUGAUGGGGGACGACAUGAUCUUGGCUGGGGCACUCUGGAGACGCUUCUUCGAGAAGGAAUGUCCCAAUUUCGAGAUGCUGGAGACUCUGGUGAAGUAUGUCCGGGAGCACGUUAGGAUGCUCGACGCACUGCCAAAUGAGAAUUUCGUGCAGAAACCUCAGGUUCAGUGGCAGGAAUUUACCAAGGAAUAGCUGUAAGUCUCACCACAGCAAUUAAAGUUUGUAUAUAAAUAUUUAAUCUUCUUCAAGUGAAAA